AUGAUAUUCCCUCCAGCUUUCUUCAUAAGUAUGAUGCAUGUGAUGGUUCACUUGUCAGAAGAGGCAUUGCUUGCUGGUCCUGUCAACUAUCGCUGGAUGUAUCCAAUAGAAAGGCUUGCUAGCCAUUUCACUCUCUUCCCAUUGAACACUUAUAAAAAUUUAUGGCGCAUCGCAAGCUUGCGCGACGAAGUAAGUGAAUAUUUGUCGCGCAAAGUAUAUAGAACACAAGCUUGCGCGACGAAUGUAAAUCCUCGUCGCGCAAUAUCGGCAGACCUUUCACCUCCUCUCUCCCCCUAUAAACCCUAA